CUCCUCCUAGAUCGACUUUCUGGUUUGACAACAUUCUUGGUAAUUUACCACGGAUGGCGGACUGCUGGGAUUAAUCAAGCGAUCGUCACGUUACCUGGAUGAAUAGCGGAUACACCUGUACACCUGUAGACUACACCACUGCAUCCUGGCCAGAGUUAAACGAUCGUCCAACCAGGAAGACGAACCGCUUUGCUCAAUUACAGGUGAUUAAAACGCUUCACCUUGAGGCGACUUCCUCGCCUGUUGGUUUUGGACCAUCCAGAUCCCACCCGGAGAAUGAACACGUUCCUCGUUGUUUUGGUGGCAACAGGUCUGAGGUCAUGCCUCUCUCAAGUGUGUGGCCGAGCCCCCCCGGAGAACCGCAUCGUGGGAGGAAGUGAUGCGGUGGAGGGGGCGUGGCCGUGGCAGGUGGACAUCCAGCAGGGGGCCAACGGACACGUGUGCGGGGGCUCGCUCAUCGCCGCCGACUGGGUGCUCUCGGCCGCCCACUGCUUCCCAACUCCGUCGGACGUGUCGGAGUACCGGCUGUACGUGGGCCGGUACCAGCUCAACGGCUUCAACCGGUUCGAGACGGUGCGGCGGGCGUCACGCGUGCUGGUGGCGUCGGGCUACCAGAGCCCCGAGAGGGGCGGCGACCUGGCCCUGGUGCAGCUGGACGGGCCGGUGGAGUGGAGCGAGUACGUGAGGCCCGUGUGCCUCCCGGACGGCGGGGUGCGGUUCCCCGGGGGCCGCCCCUGCUACGUCACUGGCUGGGGCCACAUCCGGCAAGGAGUUAGUCUGCCGGGGGUGGGGACUCUGCAGGAAGUGAUGGUGCCAAUUAUCGAUCAGACUUCCUGCCGCACGAUGUACAGCGUCGACGCUGAUGGCACCGACGUCGUGGACAUCCUAUCGGACAUGAUCUGCGCUGGCUACCAGGAGGGUGGCAAGGACUCCUGUCAGGGGGACUCUGGAGGUCCGCUGGUCUGUCCCAUGGGCAACGACACCUGGAUCCAGGCGGGGGUGGUGAGCUUCGGCCUGGGCUGCGCCGAGCCCAACCGCCCCGGCGUGUACGCCAAGGUGUCCGCGUUCGCCGACUUCAUCCGGGCCACCGUCCCGGAGGUCCAGUUGAUCGCCGCGGGCUGGAGGAACACCGCGGCGCUGGCUCUGGUCCUCGCUCCCAGCCUGGCCUGCCUGCUGCUGAGCUGAGCUGAGCCGCAGAGAAGAGGUCGGGCUUGGUUUAACUCAAAGCUCUGCGUUGUACCGGAUCACUACUACCUCUGAGGAUGUUUUUUAUGCAUGUUUUUAUAAAGAGGAAAUCGUUAGCGAGUAAUCAUGAGUUGAAGGAAUUAGGGAUGGGCAUUUGAA